AUGACUGAGCUCGCGCUCGCCGACCGCUUGAAGCUGUUGAGAUCAAAGCGGACGGAAUUAAGGUCAAUUGCAUCAUCGCGCAAACGCAAGCUGCGCGAGCUCUUCGCUGUUGCGACCGACGAGCACGAUGGCAUUCCCGACCUUGACUCCAGCGACCCGGACGCGCCUCCGACCCGGCCCGCCGAGAGCAAGUUCCUAGCCGAGUUCGAUAUUUGCCAUGGCCGGCGAUUGAACGCGCUCGAUAUACCGGCGCGUCGGAAGCCCUUGUUUGAUGUUCACCAACUUCGCGCGAAAUAUGCAUCGCCGAUCGAGUCGACGUCUUUUUCAACGUCGGUCGACGGUGUGUCGUCCCCAGCUCGGACCGACGGUGCGAAACUCGACGGACCGACCCCAUCUUCUGGGAACACAGGCGAGGAGGCAUCAUCAUGGGUUCCGUCAUUACAUGCCCCGAUAAAGCCCCUAUCAGCCAGCUCCGACGCACUUGGCAUGCCCCAUGCUGUGGCACUUGAAACAUCCCAGGCGAAGAAUGCACCCGAUGCGCGCGGUCCUGUCGCCGCCUUGCCCGCGGCGGAUAACCGGAGCCAGGCACCUGCAGACGAUGAGGGAGAACGAACGUCCCCAGAAGGCUUAGUUACUAUUCCGCAGGUGCCUCGUAUCAACGUCCAGGUUUCCCGAGUUGACCAACCGCCGUUGCCGAUGGAGCUCGACAAGCAAGGAGUCAGAAGUGCUGGAUCUGCCGCUCAAGAACGACGACCCUCGUUUCCAGAUUCUGCGCGCUACCCAGACGCACUAUCAUCUCCAGGCUCCACUGCGCACUCAGCGUUGACCCCGCUGGUUCACGAUGCGUCGGCAGAUACUAGUCCCGAUGUUGAAGGACCUCAAUAUUCGGGGAGAGGAGAGGUGGUAUCGGGUGGGAAACCCCAAGAUUCAGGCCUGCUGGAAGAAGGCGAAGCCGGCGACGCUGUCCAGCCCGUUGCAUCCGCGACGUCGCCUGUCGCAGAUCUUCCACUACCGACAGCCAUCAACAGCGUAGAAGCGCAGCUAUUACGGGAAUCGGCGGCAGCUCAACUCUCCCAUCCCACUAGACCUGCAACAGGCGGUGCGCCAGCUCUCGUCGGACCAGGGCACGAUGUGCCAGCUGCUCGGGACUCGGCGCGGACGUCUCCUCCGAAAGACGAGGUGUUAGGGGACAUCAAAGCUGGGACAACGGCUGUCCGUUUGGACGGCCAGGGGCAGCAUGGCACUACCUUGCCCGGCCACUUGGCUGGGCCCGCUUUGAGACGAGGCAGUGCCAACGACGUCCAGGAGCAAACUGGUGGUGGCUCCGUUCCCAUGGACGUCGAUAGGCAUGGUGCGGAUGCAGUCGGAAACAGAGAGUUGGCUGCAGUUGAAUCGCAGGGUGGAGCUAGCAUGGCGUCGACGCAUGGGCCUCCAGCUGCGUCUACCACCGUCCCGGAGCCCUCCGCCUUCGUUCCUCGCACCACGGCUGUUGAUAGUGCCCGGCCCAGUGAUUCGUCCGCCAGGUCCGGAUCACCCCCCGCAAACUCAGAGCAAGUUUCAGGAGAUGCAAGCGGACUACGAGACCGGCUGGACCAGGCUGCCACGUCUCAGCCCCCGUCCACUCCUCGUCGCCAGCUUCUCUCCGGCAAGGGCGCUCGUGACAAGCGGCGGAUGAGCAUUCCAACCGUGAUCUUCGGCAAGCAGCCUACCAAACCGAAGCCCGCCGACGGCGGUACUGUUAUCGUCGGUCAGCAACGACCGGGCCAGAACCCAUCGGAUGAUUACUUCAUGCCCCUUUUCAUCGAGGGCUUUACUCGGCAGUCGACGUGGAUGAAGCCUAUUGAGAAACUUCUCAAUCAAUCUCACAAGACGAUUUCCACCUCUGACCAGUAUAUCUCGAUGCUCGAUUACCAAGCGUGUAAGAUCCUGCGACGUGUCUAUCAUCUCCAGCAACACGACAAGUGGUCGUUGAGGCAACCGGUACGGUGCCCGGAACCGCCGAGGCCACCAUCCCACAGGGACGUCCUUCUUCAAGAGAUGAAGUGGAUGCGCACCGAUUUCCGGCAGGAGCGCAAAUGGAAGCAUGCGGUUGCUCGGAACCUUGCCUAUGCUUGUGCGGAGUGGGUACACUCGGAACCUGCCCAAAGGCUGGCACUACAAGUGAAGGCGGUCAUCCCGCCGCAACCGGCGGAGGGAGAUGCAAGGAGGAUGAACGGGAGUGCCUCCGAUACUGUGGACGAAGGUCUACCCGAUCUUGUUCAUUCAGACUCCCCGAUGGACCUCGACGAUGAGCUUCCAGAAGUCAUGGUCGACUCUGCCCCUCCGUCGGCCAUCUUCACCCUGCAGGACGACGAAGUCGUAUUUGCCCUCCAGCCAUCCAAAACAGCAGACCUUCUGUUGGAAAAUCUUCCCCUGCACGGCUCGCCGCUCGAGGUUCCGAAGUUCGACGUCGCGGGUGCAGAUUACGACCCAGAUGCCAAGUGGAAACGGCCGGCAGUGCCUCUGAGCAAAUACGUGGAAGGCGAGAUGGUACUGGCAAGUAACGGGACGCGGCGCAAGCGCCGGCGGUACGACUACAUGGCGGAGGACGAGGACGACGACAACGAGGAAGUGGUCUUUGGAGGCGAUCCGGAUGGCGGUGCGGAGUUGCAGGCGAGAGACAAUGGCGUUGCAUUGUUCAAUCCAGAGAUGAAGGGAAUCCGGGAUCGCCUGCACGCUGGCCACCAGUUCCGGCCACCUACUGAGCAUCCCAUGCCGCCACAGUCCUUCUUCGAGAGCCGGACAGCUUCUCAGUGGACAUGGGCCGAGGACGAGCAGCUGAAGUCCCUUGUCCGCGAAUGCUCAUACAACUGGUCGUUGAUAUCGGCCAUGGUGUCUACCCCGUCGGCAUUCGCCUCGGGGGCCGAGCGGCGCACGCCCUGGGAAUGCUUUGAGCGAUGGAUAAGCCUUGGAAGUUUGGAGGGCCUGCCGAAUGACAUGGUGAGGACCCCAUACUUUAAGGCCUACCAAGCGAGAAUCGAUGCCGCGCAGCGGAACAUUGCGCAGCAAAACCAGAAUGCACAGCAGCAAGUCGGACCAAACGGCGCGGUCACGCCAGUCCCCAGGCGGCGGCCGACCACAAGCGUGCGUGUCGAGCGACGCCGCAAUCAGAAGCACCUGGCAAUGAUCGAUGCCAUGCGGAAGCUGGCAAAGAAGCGAGAAACGGCAGCUCAGAAAGCUCAGCAGGCGGCCAGUCUAGCGGCCAUGCGCAAGGCCAACGAGGUACCGAGGCAACAGAUACAGAACAAGACGCCCCGCGAUUACAGCAUCAUGCGAUGGGAACGAGACCAGGCCCUUGCCGAGAGGAUGGCUGCUUACGCACUUCGGCAGGCGGACGCGAAUGCGAGGAGAUUGAAGCAGAAUCUCCCCGGCCAGAUGCCAGUUGCGCCAGGUGCGGUCCCUGCUGCUCAGGCGCAGGCGGCGCAGAUCGCUGCAGCAGCCUCGAUCAACAAUGGCGCGCGCCUCAACGUUCCGGGACAGCUGGCUAUGGCUGCGCAAAACCGUGUUCCGGGACGGGUUUCGAUGCCGGCAACUCCAGGGUCCGUCCCCGCUGCCGUUCAAGCGCGGCUUGCUGGCGGCCUCGUUCCACCGAUCCAGAUGCCAGGCAUACCGCAAGCUCAACUUCAGGCGAUGCAGGCGGCUGCACAGCAGCGAUUGCCCAUGGUUAAUCCCCAACCAGAUAUCAACGUCAUGCUUCAGGCACGGUCCAUUCAACACCAACAACGGGCGGCCAUUCAGCAACUACAACAACAACAACAGCAGCAGCAGCAGCAGCAGCAACAGCAACAGGCUACACAGCAGACGACGCCACAGGGGACGCCGCAGGCACCGCAGCAGCAACAGCCGCAGCAGCAACAGGCUACACCACAGCACCCGCAGCAGCAACCGCCAACAAGCCAGCAGGUGCAUCCACUGCCCCAAGCGAACGGAACGCAGGGCUCGCCCACUCCGUUGCGAAAUGGCAUCAACGGCCUCAACCAGGCGGCGUUCAUGAGUAACGCACAGGCUAUGAUGGCGUCGUUCAAUGCCGCUAAUGGCGGUGCGGGCUUGGCUACCUCGCCGGGUGCUGGCUUGGGUCUUCCCGCCGUGCCGGGUCGACCUCCGGGGCUCGCGCUGCCCCAGAGUAUCACGCAGCGUCUGGCCGAGUUUGAAGCGCACUAUCGGGCUAAGAACCCCAAUCUUCCGCCGGAAACGAUACGACAACUCGCAACCGAACAUUUGGGCCGAAUCAUCGUCCAGAGCCAGCAGCAGGCAGCCAUGAAUGCGGCGGCCGGAGCGGUCUCGCAACAACCAAUGAAUAGCCCUCAUCAAUACGCUUCGCUCUUGCGAGCCCAGCAGCAAGCCCAGGCCCAACAGGUUGCUCAACAGGCCGCCCAGCAGGCUGCCCAACAGCAUGCUGGGCAGCACCAGAGACAGGCGAGCGGAAGCGCAACCGCGGGUCCGGGCAAGUAG